AUGUCUUCAAAUUACACGAUUUAUACUGGCCAUAUUUGGAAGGAAUACAGUAGCAACAAGCUCAUCCUAACACUGAAUGGGGCAGCUGCCGGUGCGCUGCAAGCCGCAAUACCACUUUGGAUCUCACUCGUCGGGCCCUUAAGUUGGGUCCUCAUCCAAUACCCGUGGUUCCAAUAUUCUACUCUGAGAGGAACAAGAACUCAACCAUUUCACCCUUUCUAUUAUCGACAGAAGCAAGUCCUUCUCCGUAAUAGUAGUGGGGAUCUUGGUACGGUCUCAGAUUCGUAUAGCUUGUUCAAGACGUGGUGGAAACAUGGAGUUUGGAAAGCAUUCUGGAGAACAGGACCAUUAUUUUUGACUGCGGUCCUCUUCUGGUGCGCAUGGCAAGUAACAGCCAUAGUGUCCUUUUACAUCUGGCAGACGACACCUCCGACCGUUGGUCUAAUACGAAGCGGAGUUUGUGGCUAUAAUUUCCUUGAAGGACCAGGUGCUGAGAUAUCCUUUCGACGAAGUGGACUUAUUGAAACAAUCCAAGCAGAAACAUACGUCACUCAAUGCUAUGGAUCUGGAUCAUCAGGGGCGUGUAAUGUGUAUGCAAAGCAGGCAGUCUCAUACACUAAGUCGGAUACAACAUGUCCUUUCGCUACUUCGGACAUUUGUAUCAACGUGAAUUCAAUUCCAUAUCAACUGGACACUGGACCUAUCGAUUCGCAUACCGACCUUGGCAUCAAUGCACCCCGGGAGAAUCGAGUUACGUAUCAGAAGAUCAACACUUGCUCACCGAUACACUCAACCAAGUUCGCACGGAUUGUUAACGCCAAUGAAACGGACGAGGCUUACUACUGGCCCACAGAUACAAGGCUACAGCAGUUUUACUAUGGACCAAUCCUGAAUACGAAUUUCUCGUACACUUUCGAAUACUCAGAGUGGACACCUUUAGACAAUUUCCCGUAUGAUAUUCAGUGA